GUCACGUGGCCAUCAAGAUGGCGGCGUCCAGAGGACGUCGCGCGAGAUGCGUCCGCGGACCUGUUCUUGGAGCUGUCGCAGCGACUCUCUCCAUCUGUCCCGAGUAUACGGAGCUUAUUGACGAGUCCCUGUAGACGAAAACACGGUUUCUACUGCCUAGAAUCCGGCCUUGCAGAUCACGUGCUGGGGAGGCCGUUGCCAUGGUAACGGAGCAAGAGAUAGAGGCCAUAGGGAAGACCUUGGUGGACCCCAAGCAGCCCCUGCAGGCCCGCUUCCGGGCCCUGUUUACACUUCGGGGGCUUGGUGGCCCUGAUGCUAUCUCGUGGAUCAGCCGGGGCUUUGAGGACAGCUCUGCUCUUCUGAAGCACGAGCUGGCCUACUGCCUGGGCCAGAUGAGGGACGCACGGGCCAUCCCUGUGCUGGCGGAUGUGCUGCAGGACACGAGCCAGGAGCCCAUGGUGCGUCAUGAGGCAGGGGAAGCCCUGGGGGCGAUUGGUAACCCGGAAGUUCUAGGCCUCCUGAAGCAGUAUUCUACGGACCCAGUGGUUGAGGUGGCUGAAACGUGCCAGCUCGCCGUUGGUCGUCUAGAGUGGCUACAGCAGCACCCGGGGGAGGCCACAUGUGCAGGACCCUACCUCUCAGUGGACCCAGCACCCCCUGCAGCAGAGCAGGAUGUGGGGAGGCUGCGGGAGGCCCUGCUGGAUGAGGCACGGCCACUCUUUGAGCGAUACCGUGCCAUGUUUGCCCUGCGCAACGUGGGUGGCAAGGAGGCUGCCUUGGCCCUGGCUGAAGGCCUGCAGUGUGGCAGUGCGCUCUUCCGCCACGAGGUGGGCUAUGUGCUGGGUCAGCUGCAGCACGAGGCAGCCGUGCCCGGGCUGGCAGCCACAUUGGCGCGGACCACUGAGAGUCCCAUGGUGCGGCACGAGUGCGCAGAGGCCCUGGGUGCCAUCGCCAGACCUGCCUGCCUGGCUGCAUUGCGAGAGCACAUUGAGGACCCUGAGCAGGUGGUGCGGGAGAGCUGCGAGGUGGCCCUGGACAUGUAUGAGUAUGAGAGCAGCCAGGAUUUCCAGUAUGCAGACGGGCUGGAGCGCCUGCGGCCACCACCCUAACCUAGCGCCUGGCUGCCUGCCCUGGGGCUGCCUCCUCUGCUGCUGCCCUGGCCCCGGCCAUGUGUGCUGUGCCUCACAUCCAGAUUUAGGGAGCAGAGCAGCUGAGGGGCCCUGUGUCCCACUCGCCUCACCUCCUUGCUGGGUGCUGUCUGCUCUGUGGUUCUGUGUCUCCCAUGCCCUCCACCAGCAGAGGUGGCAGUGCAGACGCUUGCAGGGUUGGGAAAGUUGUGGGGGCAAGGGUGUGUGGGGUACACCUCCCAUCUGGGUCAAGCAGGGAGUACAAGCCAGCCCCAGCGUGCUGCAUGAAUAAAAUAAGUUAUUUUUCACAA